GAGGAGAGCAGGGAGAUGUCAGGACCCUGAAGCUAUGGAGACCCUGCAUCCUUGGAGACCCUGCACCCACCUGGAGACCCUGCACCCUUGGAGACCCUGCACCCUUGGAGACCCUGCACCCACCUGGAGACCCUGCACCCUUGGAGACCCUGCACCCACCUGGAGACCCUGCACCCUUGGAGACCCUGCACCCACCUGGAGACCCUGCACCCUUGGAGACCCUGCACCCAUGGAGACCCUGCACUCAUGGAGACCCUGCACCCACCUGGAGAUCCUGCACCCUUGGAGACCCUGCACUCAUGGAGACCCUGCACCCACCUGGAGAUCCUGCACCCUUGGAGACCCUGCACUCAUGGAGACCCUGCACCCACCUGGAGACCCUGCACCCUUGGAGACCCUGCACCCACCUGGAGACCCUGCACCCUUGGAGACCCUGCACCCAUGGAGACCCUGCACCCUUGGAGACCCUGCACCCUUGGAGACCCUGCACCCACCUGGAGACCCUGCACCCUUGGAGACCCUGCACCCACCUGGAGACCCUGCACCCUUGGAGACCCUGCACCCAUGGAGACCCUGCACUCAUGGAGACCCUGCACCCUUGGAGACCCUGCACCCACCUGGGGACCCUGCACCCAUGGAGACCCUGCACCCUUGGAGACCCUGCACCCACCUGGAGACCCUGCACCCUUGGAGACCCUGCACCCACCUGGAGACCCUGCACCCAUGGAGACCCUGCACCCAUGGAGACCCUGCACUCAUGGAGACCCUGCACCUUUGGAGACCCUGCACCCUUGGAGACCCUGCACUCAUGAAGACCCUGCACCCUUGGAGACCCUGCACCCACUUGGAGACCCUGCACCCAUGGAGACCCUGCACUCAUGAAGACCCUGCACCCAUGGAGACCCUGCACCCACCUGGAGACCCUGCACCCAUGGAGACCCUGCACUCAUGGAGACCCUGCACCCUUGGAGACCCUGCACCCACCUGGAGACCCUGCACCCUUGGAGACGCUGCACCCUUGGAGACCCUGCACUCAUGGAGACCCUGCACCCUUGGAGACCCUGCACCCACCUGGAGACCCUGCACCCUUGGAGACCCUGCACUCAUGGAGACCCUGCACUCAUGGAGACCCUGCACCCGCAUGAGGAGUGGGCUCCAUGCGAGGUUCCCGCCCCCCCCCCGAAGCCCCCCGCCCCCUCCCGGUACCGCCCCCAAUAAAGCUGCUUCUCGCCUUCCCAGCCGCUCUUGCCCCCGGGGCAGGGAGGGGACGCGUGGGGAGGGGUCAGGGCCCCGUGCCCCCCGGUGCCCCCCGGUGCCCCCCGGUGCCCCCCGGUGCCCCCCGGUGCCCCCAGCCCCGGUUUCACCAGCGCGGCCGCCCCGAACCGAACCGAGCCGAGCGGGGCCGAACCGGGAGGGGCGGAGCUUCGGGCUCGGCCACGCCCCCCCCCCGGCCGCUCGCAGCCAAUAGCGGGGCGCCCCGCCCGAACCGCGCCCGCCCGCGUGGGGGGGCCGCGCCGGGGGCAGCCGAGCGGGGCCGAACCGGGCCGAGCGGGGCCGAACCGGGCCGAGCGGAGCCGAGCGGGGCCGAACCGGGCCGAGCUGAGCUGAACCGGGCCAAACGGAGCCGAACCGGGCCGACCGGAGCCGAGAGAAACAGAACCGGAGCCAAACCGGGCCGAGCGGAACCCAGCGGAGCCGAACCGGACCAACCGGAGCCGAACCGGGCUGAGCGGAGCUGAACCAGAGCGACCGGAGCCGAGAGAAAGCGAACCGGCCCAACCGGAGCCCAACCGGAGCGAGCG